CACUGUCAGAGCCAUUUUCAUUGUUAGACUGUGGCGCCCUCUAGUGACGAAGAGGAGCAGCUGAGGAGCGAGGUUUAUUGUUCUCCUGUCCGUUUGUCUGUUAACUUUAUUCGCCCCAAAGUCAUUUUUAUUCAAGAUGUUUUAACGACGCUGCCCACUUAACGUUCAGCUCGACCGUAAAGCAAACGGAAGCGAGCUGUGAGGAGAUAGUUUCAGACGGAGCUCUUCACUGCUGAGACUAGAUGAAAAGUCAAACUGCGCUCUGAGCAGACAGCAGCGGCGUCACGGAGGAGUGCAGGGGGGACGGAGCAGACUCCGGCCGGUCUGUGGACGCUGCACACAGGCAUACAGAGCUGCAGGGAGAACGAUACUUUACCUCUCAGCCACACCGAGGCUUUGGUGAAAAAGGUUUAGGCAGCUUCUGAGUCAGUGAAGGCAUCAUGGUUGUGUCGGUGAGGAGCUGGGUCGCCAACGAGGGAGGAAAGCACUUGGUCCUGAUGCUGUGGCUGGGAGUGAACACUUGGCUCUUCUUAAAGACCUUCCUUCUGUACUACACUGGACAGCAGUAUCACUACCUCUACAAGAUGCUCGGGCUAGGGCUGUGCAUCAGCAGGGCUUCUGCAUCUGUGCUGAACCUGAACUGCAGCUUGGUGCUGUUGCCCAUGUGUCGCUCCCUGCUCACCUUCGUCCGAGGAACACACACGCAGGUAUCGAGCCGAGAGACUCGCAGACUGCUGGAUAAGAGCAAGACCUUUCAUGUGGCAUGUGGAGUAGCCAUCUGCAUCUUCUCUGUUGUACACGUGUCUGCACACCUGGUUAAUGUCGUCAACUUCAGUGUGAGCUACUCAGAUGACUUUCCUGCUCUCAAUUUGGCUCGCUUUAGAGGAGAGGACCCCAAACUGAUCAUUUUGACCACAAUCCCAGGAGUCACAGGCGUCCUGUUGGUUCUUAUCCUCUUCCUGAUGUUCACAUCCUCCUCCUACUGCGUACGGUUGUCCAACUAUGAGAUCUUCUGGUACACACACAACCUCUUCAUUAUAUUCUACAUCAUCCUCAUGGUGCACAUGGUCGGAGGAGCUCUGAAGUAUCAGACCAACUUAGAGGCCCACCCUCCUGGCUGCCUCCGAGCCAAUCAGAGCGGCACAGAGCAACAGGGCGAGGAGCUGGAGCAGGGUGAGGAUGAAGAGAGAAGAUGCGGAGAGGAGGCUCACUUCCAGCCACAUUACCCCCAGACAUGGCUUUGGGUGUCCGGUCCUCUUUGUCUUUACUGUGCCGAGCGUUUCUACCGCUACAUCCGGAGCUGCGACCCUGUCACCAUAGUGACAGUCAUCAGGCACCCCUGUGAUGUCAUCGAGUUGCGCAUGCUAAAAAAGAACUUCAAAGCUCGUCCUGGACAGUAUAUUGUUCUCAACUGUCCAGGUGUCUCUUCCUUUGAGAACCAUCCAUUCACGCUCACAACGUGUCCUACAGAGAACAAGAAAACGUUUGGCAUCCAUCUCCGAGUCGUGGGAGACUGGACUGAGCGGUUUACACAGCUGCUAGUUCCUGAACCAAGGAUAGACUUGGAGAUCCUUCCCAUGGUGCAACAGAGGAGAUACCCCAAGCUUUACGUGGAUGGUCCCUUUGGAAGUCCAUCAGAGGAAGUGUUUAACUACAACGUCAGUGUUUGUGUCGCGGGUGGAAUAGGAGUCACGCCGUUCGCCUGCGUGCUGCAUGCUCUGCUUGAUGGCUGGACGGGUUUCAGAUUGCAGAGAUUGUACUUUGUGUGGGUCUGCAGGGAGCUCCAGUCCUUCUACUGGUUUGCUGAGCUGCUGUGUGCUGUUCAUCACAAGCUUUGGCAGGAAAACAGACCGGACUACUUUAAUCUGAAACUGUACGUCAGUCAGGCAGACAACCUGCAGGGCAUGUCUGAGGACAAGUACCGCCCACUCACCUCGAGGCUGCUGGUUGGUCGACCCAAGUGGAAGUUACUGUUCGAUGAGAUUGGGAAGACCAAUAAGCAUAAGCGAGUCGGGGUUUUCUGCUGUGGACCAAAGGGCAUCUCCAGGACCCUCCAUAGACUGUGUAACUCAGCCCGAUCCUCUGGAACAACCUUUGAAUUCAACAAGGAGUCCUUCAGCUGAUCAAACAUCCGAGCUGGUUCUACACUUCAACCUCACUUAAAUAAACUGUGCCAUUUGACAUGUGAAACUGGCUAAAAGAACUUGAAUAUUCACAGACUAUAUUAUUGUUUCACAUGCAUCCCUGCCCAUUGUCAUAAAAGGCCCAGCAGGACAAGACCUCAACAUGCAGCAUGAGGCCUGUUCCUCUCUACAGACCAGCCAUACCCCCAACUGAUUGAAGCAACUGAAGCUUGAUCCAAUCAACCUCUGAGAAAAACUUAAGAAACCAGCCCGCUGCUCGGAUUCUCCACUCAUGAUGCUCUGUAUUCCCUUUUAGUCGAUUCACUUGGUACAACACUUAUAGUAUGGGAUAUCAUGCCCCACAUGACCUACCUGAAGACACCUCUCUUCACGCCUUUAAAGGUCCCAUGGCAUGAAAAUUUUACUUUAUGAGGUUUUUUAACAUUAAUAUGCGUUCCCUCAGCCUGCCUAUGGUC